CACUUGCUGUCUGUCACUGGGACCGGGAGUGCUGCGAAAAAGCAACGGCCGAGGACAGGGCUCUGCGCUCGGGCUACCCAAUGCUGGGACUAUCUGCAGCCGCUGCUCGUGCAAUAUGCUGGAGCUCCAGAACAGCUAAACGGAGUCGCCACACCGCUGCCUGGGCUGGAUCGCAGCGCUGCCUUUCCUUAUGAAGAAGACACAAAAAUGAGGUUAAAUUCUGCCUUCGAUCUAAAGACACACCGCUCAGCCUCACUGUGGCAUGGUGUGCUAAUGUAGAGGUCUAAAUGAAAGUCCCUCUCCAGGUUGUGUUCCUGCUUGCCAAACUGUCUACAUUUAAAAGGAAAGUGGUUCCCUUCAGCCUUAGGACUUGGAUUAUCACUUGCAUUUAUCUUCAACUGCUCCUGUUUAAUCCUCUUGUCAAAACUAAGGAGAUCUGCGGGAAUCCUGUGACUGAUAAUGUAAAAGACAUCACAAAAUUGGUGGCAAAUCUUCCAAAUGACUAUAUGAUAGAACUCAACUAUGUCACCGGGAUGGAUGUUUUGCCUAGUCAUUGUUGGUUACGAAAUAUGGUAGUACAAUUGUCACUCAGCUUGACUGACCUUCUGGACAAGUUUUCAAAUAUUUCUGAAGGCUUGAGUAAUUACUCCAUCAUAGACAAGCUUGUGAAAAUAGUGGAUGACCUCGUGGAAUGUAUGGAAGAAAACGCACCCAAGAAUGUAAAAGAAGCACCGAAAGAAGCCAGGCUCUUCACUCCUGAAGAAUUCUUUAGUAUUUUCAAUAGAUCCAUUGAUGCCUUCAAGGACUUUAUGGUGGCAUCCGACAAUAAUGAUUGUGUGCUUUCAUCAACAUUAGGUCCUGAGAAAGAUUCCAGAGUCAGUGUCACAAAACCAUUUAUGUUACCCCCUGUUGCAGCCAGCUCCCUUAGGAAUGACAGCAGUAGCAGUAAUAGGAAAGCUGCAAAGACCCCUGAAGACCCGGGCCUCCAAUGGACAGCCAUGGCGUUGCCGGCUCUCAUUUCUCUUGUAAUUGGCUUUGCUUUUGGAGCCUUAUACUGGAAGAAGAAACAGUCAAGUCUUACGAGGGCAGUUGAAAAUAUACAGAUUAAUGAAGAAGAUAACGAGAUAAGUAUGUUGCAACAAAAGGAGAGAGAGUUUCAAGAGGUGUAAUUGUGGAUGUAUCAACAUUGUUACCUUCGCACAGUGGCUGGUGACAGUUCAUGUUUGCUUCAUAAAUGAAGCAGCUUUAAACACAUGCCUAUUCUGUCUCAAGUGACAGCCCUCAUCUGUAUCUGUUCUUGCUACCCAUGACUGUGUGUGGAUGAUUCCGAAGUUGGAGCUGAGUGUUUAGUGGCAAAACUGGCACUGAAUUCAUCAUCUACAAAGAAGAAGAAUUUAUAUGGAGCAGGGCUCUGGAGGUUUUGCAAGUGAUGACGGGAAAGAGAACACGUGUCUAGUCCACUUGCGCCAUUUGCAAGGCUUGAGAAAUGUCUAAGUGCUGAAAAAAAAAAAAACCACACAGCUUUGUUCUUCAGUUACAACCUGCAGCCUGUAAUUAAUUCUGGUCUCUGCAAGUAGAUCUCAGCCUGGAUAGUGGGGGCAGGGGGGGAUUUUUUUUUCCUCACAAAGGGAUGUAGAAAACAGUUUUAAAAACAAUAACUCCAUAGCAUCAGCCACUGUAUGGAGUUGAAAGCCAUGGGGAGUAUUUUUUUUUUUUUUUUUUUUUUUUUGGAGCAGGCGUAUCUGCUCUGUAGUUGUGAUUAGCAAGAGGAGCCUAAGCUUCUUCGGCUCUUCCUGACGUAAACCAUGUGCACCAUAUCCCACCGGGAAAAUGGACAUGGUUGACUGGUUCUAUCCAGGCAGCAGGGCCAGUGCUGAACUCAAGUAUGAUGCCAUGGUAUACGGGAAACUCUCCAGCACAGUCAUCACAGCAGAAAACUGUAGGCAUGGACCAGCGGAAGAGCAUGCCAAGGAAGACAUUUGGCCCCCAGUGAAGCUGGUCUUUCCCCUUGACCACCAGCCUAGAGUGUGUAAAUCAUGUUUGCAAAAGUAUAAUGUGACAUGUUUAUGUUGGAAACGACUACAGAGAUAUGAAAACAGACUUGGGAGAAAAUGCUGAAUGUGUAAUAAGUCCCAUUGUUUAAAAAAAAAAUAAUCAUGGGAGAAAAUAAAUGAUGAUGUGUAGUACCUAAGGUUAGAAAUGUACACUUUAUGCUAAUAUGGGUGUUGCAAACUAAGUAACUGGGUUUGUACAAGAAUGCCGGGACUCAGAAAACAUUAGUUAUUUACAGUGUAACAUUAUCUCUUUAAAGUAUCCAUUUAUUUAAAAAUCAGACACUAUAUUCAUUAAGGUUUAUGAAACGAAAUAAAAAGAGAGCUUUAUGUAGUUAUGCAUGUCAGUUUGCUAUUUAAAAUGUGUGACAGCAUUUCUCAUAUUAGACAGAAAUUGGCAGCAAUUCCACAACGAACAUUGUGCUUUUAAAAACCAGAACUUGCAAGAUAUAUUGUGGUUCCCCUGGUCCUUUUUUUGUUUUUUAAUAGUGAGAACAAUUGACUAAAAUCAAAGAAUGACUUUUCUUUUGCUUUUAUUUUGGUGAAGGAUCUUUUGCCUACUCUAGAUGUAUAGAAAAUUUAAAGCUUUUUAUUCUAACUUAAUCCUUGUAAUAAUUUUAUUUGCCCUGUACUAAAACCUUAAGACAACCAUUUUCAAUGUAAUUAUGCAAAGGUGCAUGGAGACCUAACUGCUAGCUUCUAUUCUGUCUUGAAAGUGCAUGAAAAAAACCUAGCUGACAUUCACAGCUAGUCCAAAUACAACUCCAGUACGUGGCUGCUGCUCCUCUUAAUGCCAAAGAGUUAGAUGGUUUCUAUAGUUCCUUAUCUAAGGCUCCGAGGUUCCUCUAAUGCUGUCAUUCCCACAAGAUGAAGCCAAGUGCAUUGAGACACUACACUUAACUUGUUCAAGCCCUCACCUAUCCCAGGCUGCAACUGAUUAGUAAUAAACGAGAAAUCAGGUUAGUUCCUGAAAGGGCCUAUUUUGUUGUUGGGCAUUGAUUUUGCUUUGAGAAGAAUAAUAGAUGUAGGUUAGCACAAAUCAUAGGUGUAGGUGUAUAUAGAUUGAGGCUGCUAUUAUUUCUCAGUUUUGUGGCUUGAUUUAUUUACCUGGCAGUUUCAUUUUGCUCAGGCUUAGGACAGUGCUGUUUCCUGAGCUUGAGAGUACAAUAAAUAUACAUCGGUUCUCACAGCUAGCAGUUGGAUUUUAACGCUCAAAAACAUGGUCUUCAUCAAUAGUGUGGAGUAAACAAAUUUAACAGGUUAUAAAAUCCGAUAUGGUUUACGGUGGAAGAUGUGUCCUGCCUAUUAAAUAUGUUGGUUCAUUGAGAGUUACAUGGAUUGCCAAUUUUUUUUAACAUACUAAAGUUCAAUAAAAUGCAUGAAUGAUAGGAAAAUGCUGAACAUUAUUUUGAAUACUAGCUGCUUGGACAUUAACUAUGGCCUAUCUGCUUUCAGUUAAAAAUACAUAUCUUUGCAUAUUUUAUUCCAUGUGUGUUCUGAAUAUUUUUCUUAAAUUAUGAAAACCUCACAACUGAGAAGAUAAUGUGCAAAGUUGCCCUUACCAUUGGCCCAUUUUUUCCCCAAGAGUUCUCUUUUUUAAUGUUUAAAAUUUGCUUUUUAAUGAAAGCAAUCUAAGAAAUCUUCAGAGUGCAAAUUAUAUCGAAAGCUUUGGAUCUCCUCAGUAGAAAUCAGGCCUAUAACAAUCCUAUCUGUGUGAUCUGCGGGUUGUGCUAGAGCAAUUCUGGGUUUUGUAUUGUUAUUUAACAUACUUAACACACUGCCACAUUGUAAUGAAUCAGAGAAAAAUUAAUUUCUCUAUACAGUAACAAACCUGCACUAAAAAAAGUAUUGAGAAAAUGUGGAACUAUGUAAAAGUAUGUAUCCACAAUGAAGUCUGUGCUUUUAGUUUAGAAAUAAACACAUUUCAGUGACCUUCCAUGUGCUUAGAAAAAAAAAAAAACAGUGUGGCAUAGUUUGGUUCUUUAAUUCAAUCGAAGUUAUAAAUGAGCAGAAAAAUCCAUGGGUGGAAUCGAGAUUGUUUCUACUGUGUUUCUACAGUAGGUGUUGAUUUUGUGAUUUAAUUCUGAUAUGGAAUCUUAGCUAUCCUAUACACAUUCUUGAAGAAAUGUAUUUUUUAAACUUGACAGUUAGAUAUAGUCAGAUGACUGUUGAGAAAAAUCGUCGGGGGGCUCUGCUUUGCCACCUACAGAUAUAAUGUCACCUCCCUGUCUGGAUCUCAGUUUUGUAUUUGUGUGUGGGUAAGCUCUGAGGUCACCCUUCAGGAGUGAGCCCUAAUGCCACACAAUUCACAAAGCAGAGAAAGCAGCAGAAACAGUCCCAGGCAAAACACCCACCUCUGGCUUCUCCAUAAGCGUUUGGUCCGGGAGAAGUCCUUUCUGUUUUAGUUUCUAAUGUAAAUAGGGACCAUUAGUAAAAGUGAAACUCGGUUUUAAGUAGGGUGAAUUGGAUAACCAUUUACACUUGAGAUGGCUUUUACCUUUGCUUAAGUAAAUGUUUGGGAUCACCUCUGCGGAAAGGAAACUGGUAGUGCAUUUUCAAUCAGGAAGAGAGGCAAGAUAUGGUAUGUAACAUUUGGAGAUGUGUCUGAGGAUGAAUGUAAAUGUUCUCAUUUUAUUGAAAGCUAAGAAAAAAAAAAUGUAGGGUGCUACUAAGGAUCUUGGAUGCCAAGAGAUGUUUUCGAG